GCCAAAUCCACCCCAUCUUCGAGGGAAAGAGAAGAAAAACCUGAGGAAAACCUUAAAGGAAAAAAUGAAUGACCUGCUCAUCCAUAACAAAAGGGACUGAAAGAAUAAAAGGGCAAAAAGCUAAGCAGAUCCGGUUCUGUUCAGCAUCAUGAGUGGAACUCCCAUGUCCGCCAACCAAUCCCAGGAAAAACGGGCGAAAAUAUGUGGCGAGAACAGCGAUCGAACGCCGGCGACGGUUGCUCUCCGGGCCGGGUCAACAAAAUUUAGAAUAGAGAGAGAUGAGGAAGUUGGGGUUCAUGAGAAAGACCGACGACUGUAAACCUGGAAUCCCCUUGGGAUCUGCAGAUGCCACUGUUGCUGCUUCCGAUCAAGUGAGCCAUCCCGACGGGCUUGGUGUGUCUGAGGUUUUGCUCGGAGCCACAGAGCAGAGAGAAGGGAGUGGGAGAAGGACUGCGAGUGAAUCCCCUCGCCUUUUCUGCUUUCUUUCUCAUCAUUGCCCAAUCUGCUCUCUCCCUCAGCCGCCCAGUCUCCAUCACACUCCUCACAGUGGUGAAGUUCCCAAAAAUUAUCGGGCAGAGGGAAUCACAUGCGAUUUGAAGGAGAGAAGGAUCGAGAGAGAUAAAGAGAGAAGAAGUAAAUAUGAAGGGGGAUUCGAGGGGCACGUGUCCAUCAGCAGUAGUCUUCCCUCCUCACAGUGGUGACGUUCCCAAAAAUUCUCGGGCAGAGGGAAUCACAUGUGAUUUGAAGGAGAGAAUGAUCGAGAGAGAUAAAGAGAGAAGAAGUGAAUAUGAAGGGGGAUUCGAGGGCCACGUGAUGUCCACAGCAACAACAGAGGGCAAAACCGCCGGGCAGCCAAUAAGAAAAGGCGGUCGGGCCCAAUCGCAGACCAGGAACCAAUAGGAGGAGGGUGAAUAGUAAUUUUGAGUCUAAAUGAACAGGAAUUUCGAGU